CGCCAAUCAAGACUCAUGCUGUCACCAAUCAGGCUAGCCUCAGGCCGCCAAUUGGCUAAGCAACCAAGUUUUCGCAAAUUCAGGAGAGACGUAAAAGAAGCAUUUGCCUAGUUCAACUUUAUCCAAGCAAAUCGACUUUCUCAACCCCAGAUUGUCCAUCGUGUACCCGCAUUUCCAACUUGAGCUAAACGCGGAACACUUCAUCGUCACCAUGCGCCAAUUCCUUACAAUUACCGCUGCGCUAGCAGCCACAGCAAAUGCCCAAUCUGCUUCAUCCCUAACAAUGUGGCUCCCCGGCCCGGCCAACAACCCCUCGCUCUACUCCAUGCGGCACAUGGGCCUAAGCACCUUUCCCCCAGUCGCCUCUAUCAUCUCUUCCGACGCCACAACCACCGUCUUCGCCCUCGGCUGCCCCUCCUCCACAGCCUCCUCAUCCUUCUUCAACGGCCAGAAAUACCAAACAUGUAACUGGGCCACCAAUGAGGCUACCUACUCCAUCAUCUCCAACACCCGCCAUGUCCUACACCAAACCCAGGACCACCCGCCGGCCAGUAUAUGGUGGACAUGUGACUACAACACCGCCGCUACGAAGAUGUCUUGUGAUAUGGAGAUCAGCGGCGACGUGAACGAUAACACGGACGGACCUAUCAGCGGGAUUGUGUGGGGCCCUGAGCCAGACCGGGUGGGGAACGUGAUGGCGUUCGCGACGGUGGAGGUUGUUACUGCGGGCCGGUUUGGCGAGCUGCAGUGUGGCCGCGGGUGGAAGACUUGGACGGCGCCGGCGUGCAAUAGUGAGGGAACGGGCGGCAAGGGGACGAUGGUGUGGAGUGUGGGGAGUGAGGCCGCGGUGGCUACCUCGGCGAGUGGGAGUGGGAGUGGGAGUGCGGGUGCGAGUGCAAGCCAGGGCAGUGGAUCUGGAGCGGCAGCUACCGCGUCGAACACCGGGAGUGGGAGCGCUCCGGCGAGUACGGGUGCUGCGGGUGGGUUUGGGGUUGAUGCUGUGAGGCUUGCGGCGUUGGUCGGUGGCGCUGCUGCUGCUGUGUGGUGA